AUGUCCGUAUCAACCUCGAUUCCAGACACCUCGCUUGGCCUCACCUCCUCCGAGAUCCAGAUCCUCCGGCAACAGCAACAGAUCGCGCUUCAGGGUGGCCACGCCGGCAAUGGGGUUUCCAGGGGCAGGGGGACCGGUCGAACCAGCAACUCAAGUUCGCGUGCUGCCAGUGCCGCCAGCAGUCAUGGUCGUUUGUUGUUGGAUCCCAUGAGUUUACGAGCCCUCUCCCAUCAACUGGAUGCCUUGCAGGAUCAAAUUCGCAGUCGCAUCGGCUAUCUAGAGGAGCAAAUGCAAAUGUCGAUCCAGAACAGUUACGACCGGGCCGGGAACGUCAUCCGAAACGCCGAUGCUGAAAUUGCCCGCACUCGCUCGAUAUUGGCGUCAAUCGACGACUUGGAGAACGAGAUGACGAAAAUCGGUCAUAUCAGGGAAAUCGUGAAAGCAUAUCGAGCUCGGAUUGAGGGUCUGGAUCACCGCCUCGAUCAGAUGUCCCGCCGUCGACAUUGA